AAAAGUAUAAAGAGUGUCGAAUUACAUUUUUAUCUAUUUCCAGAAAAAAGUAUAAAGAGUGUCGAAUUUUAGAGACGUAAGGUAUCAAUCUUCCAUCUUCGUGUUGUCACCACGGUAAUCAUUGAACACACAUGCAAUUUUGAUUCUUUCUUCAAAUAUUCAUUAUUUCUCUCCCUCUAACCAUCAAAAAAGCUUCAUUUUGGUUACUUUCUGUUAGAGCUUCAUGGGCUUUUUGAGUUUUGUCUGAAUCAAUUUUUCCCAAAAAAAAAAAGACAAUGGAAUCUGAGAAGACAAGUGUUGUGAGUUCCAUCACAAGACCUUCAUGGGCAUUCCUUCUUCUUGCUUUCACCGUCUUAGCCAUUCUCUCUCACCAAAUCUCCUCAAAUUCAUUUCUCCCUCUCUUCAUCACCACCACCACCACGACACGUCAGCAUGACCCGGUUACCUGCUCCGGGUUUUUCCAACACGACCCGUCCCCGAAACGGAUCGUCAUGUCGAUAACAGAUUUUGGAGGAGUCGGAGACGGGAAGACGUCGAAUACAGAGGCUUUCCGCCGCGCCGUACAGCAUCUCCGUGGUUUUUCCGCCGAGGGUGGUGGGGUCCAGCUUAAUGUCCCCAAGGGCACGUGGCUCUCCGGUAGCUUUAAUCUCACCAGCAAUUUCACUCUCUUCCUCGAACAUGGCGCUGUCAUUCUUGGAUCCAAGGAUCUAGUCGAAUGGCCGAUAAUAGAGCCAUUGCCUUCUUAUGGAAGAGGGAGAGAGAGACCUGGUGGUAGACAUAUUAGCCUCAUUCAUGGAGACAAUCUCACCAAUGUUGUCAUCACUGGAGAGAAUGGAACAAUCGAUGGACAGGGAAGAAUGUGGUGGGAGUUAUGGUGGAACAGAACAUUAGUGCAUACGAGAGGCCAUCUCAUUGAGAUCAAAAACUCUCAUAAUAUCCUCAUCUCUAACCUCACUUUGCUCAACUCUCCUUUCUGGACUAUCCAUCCUGUUUACUGCAGAAAUGUUGUUAUUAGAAACAUGACCAUUCUUGCUCCAAUGAAUGCUCCUAACACCGAUGGUAUAGACCCAGACUCAAGCACCAAUGUCUGCAUUGAGGACUGUUAUAUUGAAAGCGGUGAUGACCUUGUAGCUGUGAAGAGCGGGUGGGACCAAUACGGAAUGGCCAUGGCACGUCCGAGUUCAAACAUCAUCAUCAGACGGAUCUCUGGCACUACACGAACUUGUUCGGGUGUUGGAAUAGGUAGUGAGAUGUCUGGUGGGAUUUUCAACAUAUCCAUUCAAGACAUUCACGUCUGGGACUCGGCGGCUGGGCUCCGCAUAAAAACAGAUAUAGGGAGAGGAGGUUACAUUUCGAAUAUAACCAUUAGUAACGUGUUCUUGGAGAAAGUGAAAGUUCCAAUAAGGUUUAGUAAAGGCUCAAACGAUCACCCGGAUGAUAAGUGGGAUCCAAAAGCUAUGCCGAGAGUGAAAGGUAUAUAUAUUAGCAACGUUGUGAGUGUGGACUCGAGAAAAGCACCAAUGUUGCUUGGUGUGGAAGGUGCAUCGUUUCAAGACAUAUGUUUGAGGAAUGUAACGCUUCUUGGGUUGCCCGAGACAGAGAAAUGGAAAUGCAAGGAUGUUUCAGGGUAUGCUAGUGAUGUUUUUCCUCUGUCAUGUCCACUACUGUUGCAUAAGAAAGGUUUGGUCUCUCAGUGUGUGUAGAUGAGUUUUUGAGGUUCUGAUUAAAUGGUGUUUUAGUUAGUUUUUUAGUUGAGUUCCAUGUGAUGAUAUAUGAUACAGGAGGCUAUGAGUUUGGGCAAGUUUUUUUGUUUGAGUGAAGAUUCAUGGUCCACUUUACAUGAUGUCAUAUUGGUUUUACUGUCACGAUUUUUUAUUCUUGUUGUGAAUUUUGAUUCUUUUGACGCAUACUGUGUAAAGAAAUAUACUUUGAAUUAUUCAAUAAAGAUGUUUUC